AUGAAAACCAACCUCGUCUCCUUUACGGCAUUCGCUGCAUUGGUCGUGCUCGCUGUUGCUGAACCAUCAUCUAAUCCGCGAGGUACUUUGGACACCUCCCUCUGGGGCUCAUCGAAAUCCAGAAACUCAUGGGCCAAAUCUAAUAUCAGUAAAAGUUUGAGCAACCCUAGUUCAGCCAAAAGACCCUCACUCAAGCUCUAUGUCGCCGCCGACGUUCAUCUUGGUACAAGUGUCGGCGUCCAGUAUCCCCGUCGCAACCUUGAUGGAUCUCUAUAA